AUGACAGAGACUCAGAUAAUUGAGUUGGAAGUAAAAAUGCGUGGCAUCACCUCCAUCUCGUUCCUUCUUCUUGCGCCUCUCGGUGCCCUCGCCGCUCCCACUGCCUCUUCCAACAAUGUAAUCCCAAGCAGAGUCCUCGAACCAAGAGCAGUCGUAACCCCAGCGCCCUGCCAGCCUCAACUCAACCCCCCUCCCACCGAGCAGGAAUCCGCCGAACGCUUCGAGAAAUUCGCCCACGCCUUUCUGGAGACCAAGAACUUGUCUGAAGCGUUUGAAUACAUUGAUGCGACUUACAUUAACCACAACCCAUUCGCCAGCGCCAACGGACCCAACGCUGCUCUCGACGCUCUUGGUCCAUACUGGGGCUCGGUCCAGAUUACGCCGUUGAGAAGGACGUUCAAAGGCGAGUUUGGGUGGCUGAAUUACCGCACCAAUUACUUUGGCGAGAUUGUUGAUCGGUAUCGCAUGGAGGGAGGCUGUAUUGUUGAGCAUUGGGAUCAGGGCGAGAAGUAUCCUAGUUUCUGA